AUGUUCUUCGUCGUCAUCCUAGCCACAACAAUAUCUAACCUACCAACAGCCUCCAAUGCCCAGCAAACGUACAACAAAGGAUGCGAGUGUGAAGAGAUGAUUGACGGAAGAUGUUCCUACACCCUCUUCCUACCAACUCCACGCACUUCCGCAACCAGUGACGGAUGUCAGGAUUUCCCCGGAAGUCACGUGAACAACUCUCUGGCGACUUUGUCACGUGACGUAGCGUCGUUGGAGAAGUGGAGCGGCGAGCAAGCGAAGUCGUUAAUCAUCAUCAGUAAUAGGUUGAGCGCUUUGGAAAGUAAAAUUAUGGAUAAAAACAACAACAACAAUAGUAAUAGUAAUAGCAGCAACAACGACGGCAAUAACUUCUAUUUGAUGUCUCAACUGGUAGAGCAAGCGACGAGAAUAACGAACAUUGAGCAAGGGUUGGCUUCUGUAAACAAAACUUUGCAUAACUUUAUGGACAGCGUCAGUCAGUUCAUCAACAUCACCACUACCAACAACAACAACACUAACAACAACAACAGCAGCAGCAGCAACAACAACUAUAGUACUGUAAUGUAUACAGUCAACCCUACAUUUACUAGCCAGCUCAAUCAAUCCACCGACUACAAUGCUACUUAUCAAACAACUACAACCUCAAUCUACAAUAACAACAACAACAACAGCUAUACUGCAAAUAAUACCAUGAUCCCUUACCUAACAACUGCAUCUUCAAUUUUUGCGACUACGACAACUAAUAAUUUUAACAUUACUUACAACAACACGACAACAACAUCAGCAGCAGCAAGCGGCAACAAUGCUACUACGGACAUGUAUUACAAGACAACGAUCACAACAACAAAUUAUACAAUCGGAGACACUAGACCUUACCCGUACACAACAACAACAUCAGCAGCAGCAACAAACAACAACACAGACAACAACAGCACUAUUUAUACAACAAUGUUUGCAAAUUUCAACAACUACACAGCUAUUGAUAAUGCAACAAAUGGCUUGGAUCACAGCGUUUAUAAUCUAACGACAACAACUUUUCAUGGCAUUUAUCAAGAAAAUCACACCAACGACAACAACGCAAGCGAAGUUUCAAACAACUCUUCGUUUGCUUACACAACUACUCAACUCUACCACAUUAACACAACUGAUGCAAUCAACAACACAAACCCAAACAACAACAGCAACAGUGAAGCUCACAACGCAACAACAACACACUAUCAGCAACAACACAACGAAUCAAUCUUUACCUCUAUGGCACCUCAUUACAAUACAACGACCAAUUUGUCCUCAUCCAUCAUUCCUGCUACAAUCACUAAUUCAUUCCAAAACAACAACACUAUUGCAACAACCAACAACAGCUCUGCAACCAUCAAUCCAACAGUAACAGUGCACAUCAAUAAUUCUUACUAUUCAACGAUUGCAAUCACGAUGCACCCAAACAACAAGACAGGCGACGACAACACUUCUACUACUAAUAAAGUCAACAUUCAAAACACUACUGCAGCGCCAUUUUCCAAUAGCAACAGCAGCAGCAGCAACAACAAUAGCAGCAACAUAAUCAUCCAAAACCACGACUCUUCCAACAACAAAACUACCAACGUUAACAACAACGACAACAAAACCGCAACAACAACACCACCGCAAGCACCAUUAACAACGACAGUCUUUUUCACUCCAGUUAAGCAGCCACCGUCAUCCAAUAUCCUGUUGAACGUUGAUGGGAGCAAAGACGGAUUACAAUCCGGAAGGCUGAAACGAGAUGUUGACGAGAAUUUUUACGGUUUUAUUAAAAAUCAUCCCCAUAAUAACAACAACAUCAACAACAACAACAACAACAAUGAUAAUAUUGUACUAUCUCUCCUCAAUAUCAUUUGGAAGUUGGAGCAAAGACUGACGGCUUUGCAAUUGCAAAAUCAAUUUAGCUGCUCUGUAAAAGGGUUAUUGACUUCCGGCUACAGAAUGACGUCAUCCUCAUCGUCACCAUCACCGUUGCAAUCACCGCCUACUUCCUCCUCCUUCUCCUCCUCAUCAUCAUCAUCAUUAUCGGAUGAUGACGUCAGCUCGCCAAAGUCGAUCACGAUUGAGACUGGCCAGUGGAUGGAAGUGCAGCUGAACAAGUCACAAACCUUAUUUGGAUUCAAUGUGAAGGUCGAAGAACUGUCGGAUCCCGUGAUCUACUAUGAUGUCAUGUACAUGACGCCUGCGCAGAAGUGGACGUAUUACGUCAAUUAUGCCGGAGAUAAAAUUAUAUUCAACCCCAAAACUGACGUAACUACAUCCGGAUUUAUUAAUUUGUGGCAGCCAAUAGCGACCAAUGGUUUUAAAAUUCGACCAAUGACUGAAGGAGUUACCAGCGCUUUGAAAAUAUGCCGCGUGCCCUUUCGUAGGAAGGAAUAUCGGAUGGUUAUCAGCUGGAAAAGAAUUAAAGAUUGGUUGAAUUUAGAGGAAUGUUUGAAGAGAUUUUUGUCAAAAUUGAUAGAUAUUAUAAGCGGUAAAAUCUGGUCCAAAAUUGUGGUUAAGUCCAGUAGGUAUGUCACCCAAAGUAUGAUUGUGUCGGCACAAAUACAGAUGGCUUUUCAGAAGAGGUCUCUCCUACACAUGUUGGAGGAAGUCGAGAAGAUCCUCAAAAGCUAUUCUAUGGCCGAUCUGCAACCGGUUCUACCCCAAAUUCUCGAACUUUUGUUCAAUUUUGACGGUGCCUGCCCGGAUGAUCUGAACUUUGGCUAUCUGUCGAACAGCAGAACAUACGAGUUUGAAGUUGUCAAAAAGUUUUUUGGAUUCGAUUCCAUCUUGAUGUCAACCGUUUUGAGAUUAUCUAGAGAUGCGUCGUGUUACACUUGCUACGAAUUUCCUUUUGCUAAAAUGCCACUCUCUUCUAAGAACACGAUUCGCAAAGGAAAGAGUUUAUUGUACUACUGCUCAAAGUUGAAGAGGAACCCUAGUACUAACUUCAUCGAGUCCAUAUUUCUUGAUGCAUUUGAGUUGCUGAUGGUCCAUUUUGCACAUUAUCUGGUCAAUCCAUUAAACCUCAAGGUUCUACACUACAUCAACAAUAAGAAGCACCAGCACCAGAAAUAUUGGAUCUACAAGGCGAUAGCCAACGAAUACUUCACCUACUUUUUCUCAACUAGAACUGACUUCAUCCCACCAAAGUUUUCACCGUCUCUGAAAGAAAAUGCUCUUUCUAACUUCAACCCACAUUAUCAGUCACUACCACACCAUCAGUUAGCAGCUGCCUCGCCACAAAUAUCACUGUCGAAAUUGUGGGGUGAUAAUAUGCAGAGCUACCAUCAACAUCUUUGUAGCACUCCUGCUUAUCUGAAGCAACAGCAGCAGCAGCAAUUCAUUUCUCACAACAUCUCAUCCAUGGAGGUGCCCUCACAGCCAUCAUCACCACCAAGGUCUAACAACAUACUGUUGCAACCGUUGCUCAACCAGUCUCUCAACAUGCCAUCAUUCCACCAACAACAAGAGCUACAGCAACAAUUUCAACAGCAACAACAAUUAUACCAACAACAACAACUACAACAACCACAUCUGCAAAAAAUAAGACUCUCAAAGUUACUGAACUUAGAUGCAGAAAUGUUGGCCAUGCUAAAUUCAGCCAAUCACAGCUCGCCGUUUAUGUCAACAAAUACAGGAUCGGCCAAUAGCAUUGCACAAUCCAUGUCACAACCACACAGUAACAUGUAUUGCAACAUGGGAUCUAUAUUCUAUACUGAUGUUGUCUUAGAGAUAUUUUUUGACUUUUGGCUGAAUCAGUUAGAUGAACUAUCCUUUGAGCAGCAGUUUAAACAUUCUAAUAAGAUGUUAAGAAGUGACGAUUACUUCUUUCUAAUCCGCCUCCUAAUUAAACACACCCAUUGGAUGGCAAGUUCUUCAUCCUUUAUUGAUGAUGGUCUUUCCAUCAAUCAAUCAUUCAGUGGAGGAAUGAAGCAGCAACAGUUCUCUCAUUCAUUUCAGCAGCAGCAGCAGCAGAGGUGUCAACAGCAUCUGCUCAUGUCUGCUGAGUUCAUGGAAUGGAAUGAAUAUAAACGGAGUGUGUGGUCUCCAUACAUGACCGGCAAGCUGUUCCGAUUCAUCAGACACCACAUCACCAACGUCAUCAUCGACCGACCGAUAUUGGAAAUCUGGCUAAGCUUCAUCCAGCCAUGGAGAUACGACGUCCAGCAACAGCCAGUAGUUUCCAAGGACCACAAACAGCAGCAACAACAGCUUCAUUUGUCCUUCAAUCACCAACAAACUGACCAACAAGAAGAACAUUGUGAUCAAGUUGUUAAUGCAAAGAACAGUGAGGAGGACUUGAUGAAUGAAUCUGAAUAUGCUGUCUUUGAUAGAUGGGUGCCAUUCAUAAAGGAGAACAUCUUCACUUAUACCUACAUACUGCAGCUGCUCAUGGACAGGUUCGCUUAUCUGGACGUCACCAACUUCUCUGUCAUAUUCCUGCUAUGCCGUGUCGCCAAAAUCUUCAACACAACCAAUUUGAAGGAGGUGUUAGAUUCAGUGGAGCAGGGAAUGUUCGAACCGCACGGCCACCAGCAACAAAAGCAAGCAAAUUCAUCGGGCAUCAUUCGGGCUCCUCCCCCGACGAAUCGCAACAACAACAACAUCAUCAGCCUACCAAACCGAACGAUGACUACGCCGUACAAGAAAAAGUUAACUGAAUUAGGAGUCAGGGAAACAGAGGGUCCAAAUGAGUACAGAGACUUACACUCUCCUGAAAUUAUUACCAAGGUGGUAAGAAUUAUUAACAUGGUGACGCAUGCCAAAAGCGUAAUUGAAGAUAGACUGAAUGAGCAGGAGAAUGUUGAACACGAUAAAAGUUUACUUCAAAGAAUGAUGUCAUGGUUUGGAGAUAGUGAUGAUCAGACGACAAAAACUAACAAUGUGAAAUCUCUCAAAUAUCUGGACAUCAUCACAAAUAAUAUGAUGGAGUUUUUUCAGGUACCUGCCUCCAGAAUAUCAACAUCUCCCUGGCCACAAACCGACCAAGCUCACCCCCGUCAGUUCAUUGGCACCCCAUACCUACGCAGGGGGCACCAAAGCAACACGACGGACGACCCCAACCUCAACAUCACCCCAUUGAAAAAUCUGGAUGAAAGUGAACAUUUGCCUGAACUUCAAAAGUUGCCAGACUGUGGCGUUGACGAUAGUGGUAGGAUUCAUCUCACUCCUCUUGGAAGAUAUGAGAUUAUAACAGGGCGGAAAAAGUUUGAUGUGGAUUAUGCAAGCGAUAGAGAACUCCAGCCAAUCAGAUCCUCCGAAUGUGCGCCCCUGGUUAAAUACCUCUUCAGAGUUUCAGGGCUCCUUAAUGAAAAGUACGGAGAGAAGAUGAAGAAGUCAGUAAAGAAAAGAGGUCCGAUGGGUUAUUUGGCCAGGUACUUGUUCCUACCAAGAAAGUCUAAAUUAGGCAUUUCGUCAUCUCCAUCCGCCAAUCCCCUCAUGUCUGACAGCAACAAGUACAACAACGUUUUUACCGCCACCGCCCGAACCAGCCAAUCAGAAAAGUCGUCCCAAACGAGCUGCUUAUUCUUAACCAAUAGGAAUCAAUUAGACAAUCCGCGGAUUAGUUUGAGAUUUCUAGCUAGUUAUUCUAAUAUGCUGCUGCUGAUGUUGCUGGUGCUUCUGAUGAAGUUAUCGCUUGGCGUCGAUUUCACUACUGCAGUGGCCCUCGUGGUGGCGUUUGUUGUUUUGUUUGUGGUUUUUGUAGUCAGGAUUGUACUGGAAGGCCUUCACGAUAGUGGAGAUGAUGACAAUAAUAAUCUUAAUACUAGCGCAAGUAAUAGAAGUUCAAUUACUAACGGUAGUAACAGCGCUACUAGAAAUACUAAAAGUUGAUAAAAUGUACGCUGCCUUGUACUUAUUUUAAUGUUUCGUCGGUGCAUUUUUUUUAAUUUAUCCUUUAUUUUAAACAUACACCUGUCAACAAUCAAACCUAGUUAGAUUUCUCUCUUUUUAAAUUCGUUUAUUUCAAUUAUAAGAAAAAUUUUG